AUGGCGGAUCUCCCAAAGGAGCGAUUGGAUGGAUCUCAUGCAUUUGAAGUCACUGGCAUUGACUUUUGUGGAUCAUUCAUUUACAAGCCGGAAGUGCGAAACAAGGCCCCAGUAAAAUGCUACGUUUGCGUCUUUAUCUGCUUCGAAACAAAGGCCAUUCACUUGGAGUUGAUCAGGGAUCUCUCAACGGACAAUGCAACGAACUUUGUGGGUGCACGCAAUGAGCUGAUUGAGUUGAGACGCCUGUUCCUCAGCGACGAGCAUCAGAAAGCGACGUUGGAUUUUUGCCUAGCGGAGCUUAUUGAUUGGCGCUUUAAUCCUCCCAGAUCGCCACAUUUUGGUGGUUUCUGGGAAGCUGCGGUAAAGACGGCGAAGUACCAUUUCUACCGCGCUAUUGGGCCUUCAGUGUUGGCCUUCGAUGAGCUGCGGACUCUUCUGUGCCAUAUUUCGGCAGUAGUUAACUCCCGGCCUUUAGUCUCAAUUUCAGAAAAUCCCGCUGAUCUGGAUGUGAUGACGCCAGCCCUCUUUCUGAAUGGUGGCCCACCAUCCUCAUUCAUCGAGCCGGAUGUGACCGCCCUUAACUUCAAUCGGUUGGAUGGAUGGCGACGUGUGGCCUACUUGCAGCAAGUCUUCUGGACCCGAUGGAAGAAGGAAUACCUGACGCUACUGCAGCAGCGCACCAAAUGA